AUGGUUGCUAUCGUUGUACCAGAAAACUACGGUGCCGUCGUCGCUGUUGCCCUGGGAGCUAUUCCAGUGCUUAGCUUCAUUCAUGGAAGCAUCGUGACCGGUCUUCGGAAGGAUGCCAAGGUCCCCUAUCCGCACACCUAUGCGACUGUUGAGCAAUGCAAGUCAAAUGCCAAAGCCGAGCAAUUCAACUGCGCGCAGCGGGCCCACGCUAACUACCUCGAGAAUAUGCCUCAAACAAUGCUCUUCACUCUCUUCGCGGGUCUGAAAUACCCUCACCUGGCAACAGCAAUUGGCGCUUCAUGGCUGUUUUUCCGAACUCUCUACUUGUACGGCUAUGUGUAUUCGGGUAAGCCACAGGGCAAGGGAAGAAUGCUGGGAGGUUUCUUCUGGUUUUCUCAAGGCGCUCUGUGGGCUCUGAGUGUGUUUGGUGUUGCCAAAGAUAUGAUCUCUUACUGA